AUGAUCCAAAACGAAAUUGAGAUGGACCCAUUGCAGAGAAAGUUGAACUUGAAGGGGUGCACCAACAAAUGUGGACUUAUUGUUUUGUCGAUAUCACGACCUAAUAAUCAAAGGAAAUCAUUCGAUCAAUUUCUUGAGUAAGUAAAACAGUCCAAUAUUUUUUCCCAAAAAUUUUAAAUUUUUCAGUGGAAGUCGUAAAAGCUUCCGAGGUCUUUCAUCAAAUUCUGCAAGCAUUCAAAACGUUCAGAAAGCACGGAAUAUUUCUGCUCUACUUGUAAACUUCCAUGAAACUUUUUGGUUUUUUUAUUAUUGA